UUAUUAUUGAAAAUGUCAGUCGCUAUCCAACCGCUAAGAAAUCAUCAUCAUCAUCAUGAUUGCCAAGUUAUUUUGCAUAAUCCUUUUGAUUCCAUUUCUAAGUCUGGUAACUUCGGCAACCACGACAUCUGUCAUUUCACUCGUUCCCUCAAUAAACGAAAAUGGUGUUCUGUUAAUGCCAUCCGAAAAUAAAUAUUACCUAAGAAUCAUUACAGAUGGAACGACUCGGGAGGAGGUCGUUGAAGAGAUUUCGCCGGAUCAACUUCAAGUCAUGGGAACAUAUCAACAGUCUUUUCCAGGGUCUAAGUACCUGCUGGUCAAUUAUGAAGCCGGUACUAACGGCUACGUGGCCAAGUAUAACUUCUCUGGAACAAAGAUCCCAAUUCAACGCCUAAACCCUGUUACUUUAAAAAGUGCCUCCGGGUAAAAAUACAAAAAUCAAUCAACUUUGCAUGAUAAUAAACGAUACAGUCGUAUCCGAAAUAUUCAGAA